AUGAAGUUUUUUUUACAAAUUUAUUCAAUUUCAUUCUUAUUAUAUUAUUUUUACAUCAAAAUUCAUGCUCCUCAGUCUGUAGAGAGUCAUUAUCAAAUUGAAUUUAGCCUCAUUAAAUCUCGAGCUAGAAGUUCAAGAAGUAGAUCAACGAAUAAUGGGAGAAAUUCAAGACAAUCAUCCGAAGCUGCUGCCGUUCAAUUUCUUGAAGAUCAAAUGAAAUCACCGCCAUCGCCUUUAUCACCUUCAAAACCCUCUCAUUUGAGAAUUACUGAAUUUCUAAGUUCUUAUGGCGUAGAUGAUCAAAUGUACGUAGGAGGAGUAUGUGAUGACCAAUUAAGAGAAUAUUACUAUUCUAAACUAAAAAAGAUAGUUGGUUUUUUUUUCUUGGUUAAAGGAGAAUAUAAACAUAAUUAUGGAACAAAUGGUCCUGUAGGUCGAGACCGUACUUUGCAUUCAAAAUUCCGAUCUCAAUAUGCCACAUUGAUCACGAGAUUUGAUGAUAUCUUUACAGCACUCAAAAACUAUAUGGAGUUGUUAUUCAACUGCUUAUUAUACAUAUUCUCGCAUAGCUACAGAGAAAUUGAAGUAGAACCAAAUGAUUACAAUUGCACAAGAAUAUCUAUUUACUUCUUUCUGAUGAUCAUGGAGAUAACCAAUUAUAUGUUGAAAAUAUUUGGCUAUUUAGAAAAACAGUUUGCUAAGCUUAUUGCUCAACUUCUUGAAAAAAAACAUGAUGAUGUCGAAGCAAGAAUCCAGGCUAUAUACUUUGCUCUUGAAAUGAUCAGAGAAACGAAGAAACUUGAAGAAGAAAAGUUUUCCAGAUCUAAAGAUCAAUUUGACACGUGUAAAAGCUACAUAAAAACUGGAAGUUUACAGUCAGAGUCCGGACAUAAACGAAGUAUAUUCGACGAUUCUGUGAGCGAAAGUUCCAGUUCAACUAAAUCUAGUACCUUUAUGAAACUGAAGCUUGGAAAAAUGUUUAAGAAAAAAGGAAAGGAUAAAAAAGGGAAAAAGGGUAGAGGGGAUCAAACAGAGGCUGAACAAAGGAGAGAUGACAAUGAGGACAACGAUGAAAGUCCAUUUUGGAAACUUUCUCUUCUUACCUUUAAUCCCGAUGAUGUUCUUGAUGAUGAUGUGUUUUUAUAA